UAUAUGAGAAAUUUUUGAGUGGGAGAUAAAUUGCAAGACUAAAAAAUUGUGACGUCAACUUGAUAAAAAAUUCCUUUUGCACAAACUGCACCUGCAUUUACAAAUUAACGUUUUAUUAUGCUACACGUAUACAAGCAUUUUUUUAAAAUAAAAAUAAAUAUAAAUUUUAUUAUUCUUAUAUUAUACAAAAUAAUUUUUUUUUUUCUCGUAUUUAUUUGUCAAGUAAAAUUAAUAAAAGUGACGUGAAUGUGCAUUCAAAGAGUCACAUUAUACUGGAAUUACAUUGAUUGAUUUUUUCAUUUAUCAAUUGAGGAUUCAUAAAUUAAAAAAAAAAUUAUCUGUAAAUACUUUGUUAUAAAGCAACUUGAAAUGGCACCAAUACAAGAAAUCCGAUGGACCGUGUUAUUAUUUAUUCUAUCGAGUGGUAUAUUUUUUAAGGCACUAUUAAGUGUUCAAUCAUUCAAACUAAAUAUUAUACACACGAAUGAUAUGCACUCUAGAUUUUUAGAAACUUGUACAAAUAAAAAUACAUCGAAUGAAAAAUGCUACGGUGGAUUUCCCCGUCUGGCAACUCUCAUAAAGCAAGAAAGGAAAUCUGAUAAUACCACAAUAUUUUUAAAUGCUGGUGAUACAUAUCAAGGUACUUAUUGGUUUACAAAAUACAAAUGGGAAAUUGUCGCAAGAGGCUUGAAUAUUUUAAAACCCGAUGCAAUGUGUCUUGGAAAUCAUGAAUUUGACAAAGGUCUAGAGGGACUUAUUCCUUUUCUUAAAAAUGCAUCAUACCCUGUACUUGCAGCAAACUUGGAUUUAACAGAAGAACCUGAAUUAGCUGCAACAGGAAUAAAAAAUAGUACAAUCUUGACAGUAAAUGGUUAUAAAAUUGGCAUUAUCGGUUAUCUAACAAACGAAACAAAAAUAACUUCUUUUUCUGGAAAUGUCAAGUUUCUUGAUGAAGUUACAGUGAUUCAAGAAGAAGCUAAUAAACUUAAAGCUGAUGGUAUAGAUAUCCUGAUAGCAUUGGGCCACUCUGGCUACGAUCUGGACAAAAUAAUUGCUGAACAAGUUGAUGGUAUUGAUCUUGUAAUUGGUGGCCACUCACAUACUUUUUUAUACAGUGGAAAUCAGUCAAAUUAUGAUACACCUGAAGGACCUUAUCCAACUGAAAUCAAACAAAAAAGUGGUAAAAUUGUUUAUGUUGUCCAGGCUUCAGCUUACACCAAGUACAUGGGACAUGUCGUCGUUAAUUAUGAUGAGAAAGAAAAAAAAGUAAUGAAUAUUACAGGAAGUCCAAUUUUAGUUGAUGAUAGCAUUGAAAAUGACAAAGAUGCUGUGGAUGAGUUUGAAGAAUUUCGAUUGGCAUUAAUAGAUAUAGAAGCGAAAGUUGUUGGUAAUAGUCUAGUUCUACUUGAUGGUGACUCUAAAAAUUGUAGAGUUAAAGAGUGCAACUUUGGAAAUCUUAUAACCGAUGCUAUGAUUGAUUAUGCACAUAGACAAUUUAAUUUAACUGGCAAAUGGAAACAACCUUCAGUUGCUUUUGUAGGAGGUGGCAAUAUUCGUGGUUCAAUUGAUCAGCAUCCAAGUUACAAUAUAACAAUGGGUGAACUUUUAUCAGUUUUGCCAUUUGAUGACCCAGUUAUACUUAUUGAUGUUCCUGGAAAAAUACUUUUUGACGUACUUGAAUGGAGUGUAAACAAGGGUAAUCAAUCAAGUGGUGCAUUUCUGCAGUUGUCAGGCAUAAAGGUGACAUAUAAUUUAGAAAACCCCUUUGGUUCGAGAGUCAUGUCAGCACAGAUUCGUUGUUCUCAAUGUAGAGUUCCUCAUUUUGAAGACAUUAAUCAGGAUAAAAAUUAUACAGUGAUGACUACUGCGUAUUUUGGUGCUGGUGGUGAUGGCUACACGAUGUUUUAUAGCUUGGAAUCGAUGUCAUUAAAUAUAAUAAAUGCUGAAAUACUUGGUCAAUUCUUACGGAUACACAGCCCUGUGUAUCCAGGUAUUGAAUCGAGAAUCGCUUUUGUUUCGACUCAGAAAUCAACUUCAUCCUCGGCUUCGUCAAUUGAUAAUACUUACUCAAAACGAUGUGUGUUCAAUAUUGCCAUAAUUACAGCAUUUUUUAUACGUUUAAUUUUUUAAAAAUGGCAUAACUAUAUGUAAAGAAAAUUAUAGAAGAUUAGAAUGAUAUUAGAAUAUAAAAUUUACAACUUAUUUUUUUUAAUGAGGCCUCGUUUGUGAACUUACUUAAUGAUAAAUUGAAAUUAUUUCCAAAACACCGAAUACCUCAUUAGUCAUGCUAUGUUCCUGAUACAAUAAUUCAGGUGUGUCGAAGAACUUUAGAAGGUAAAGAACCUCUUUGCCUAUUAUAUGUUCCUAAUAUAAACCUAUAUAUAUUGUUCAAUAAAUUUUAAAGAAAUUUUGAAAUAACUGAAGAAACGUAAGUUAUAAAAUGUAAGAAAUAAUAAAACAUAGAAUUUUCUUUGGUUGUUCUAUACACCUGAUCGAAAGCUAUUAUUUUACAGAAAAUUUCAAAGUGAAAACAUAGAAUACCUUCUUGCAUGUUCUAUAUUCCUGAUCAAAAACGAUAUUUAAAAAAAAAAAAAAAUUUAA